AUGUCUGCGCCCAUGAAUCUCGAAAAAGUUUUUGUCCGGGAAAUUGAAAGGAACGACUCAAAAGUCCUGCAGAUAAACCAGUGCGAGGUUGGAGAUGUCGGUUGUGUUGUAUGGGAUGCGGCUAUAGUUCUUGCUAAAUAUCUCGAGUCUGAAGACUUUCACAAGGGCACAGAUCUGGUGGAUAAAAAUGUUGUGGAGAUAGGAGCAGGCACAGGCGUGGUCGGACUUAUGGCUGCCAGCUAUGGAGCAAAAGUGUCAAUAACAGAUCUAGACCAGUUUGUCCCCUUGAUGCAGUUAAAUAUAGACACAAACAAACAGCUGUUCCAGCAUCCAGUACAAGCUAAGGAACUUGUUUGGGGAUCUGAAGUGAAGACAGAGUACCAGGAUGUGGACAUAUUACUUUUAGCAGACUGUAUAUACUAUGAGGAGUCUCUAGAACCUCUAAUUAAGACCAUGGAUGAUCUGUGUGGCACUGAUACAUGUAUAUAUUGCUGUUAUGAGGAAAGGACAACCGAUAACAAACCUGCAUUACAGAGAAAAUUUCUACAUAUGGUUGGGAAGUUGUUCCAAAUAGAAAAGAUACCAUUGCACAGACAAGAUAGUCAGUUUUGUAGUGAAGAUAUUCAUAUACUCAAAUUGACAAGAAUAAAAGUUUCCUGAUGUCA